CCAGCCAGAGGUGACAAUAGGGCUCCUGUGCGCGGGCUGAGGGGGCGGGGACGCAGGCAAAUGAGGGGCGCAGAUAUAGAGGCGCGUGGGCGAGGGCCCCUGCCCCCCCCUGGGUGCGGGCCAUGAUGGAGGGCGGCCUGAGGCAGCCGGGCCGAGCGAAGGGCCCCGAAGAGGCAGACGACAGCCAGGCCCGGGCCAAGCUGCAGCAGCUGGCCUCGACGUGGUUCAUGGAGACGCAGGCGCCCCUCGUUCUGCACGACGGAGCCCUGCCCCCCUGGUUUCACGGGUUCAUCAGCCGCAAGCAGACGGAGCAGCUGCUUGGGGACAAGGCCGUCGGCUCCUUCCUCAUCCGCCUCAGCGACCGGGCCACCGCCUACAUCUUGUCCUACAGGGGCAGUGACCGCUGUCGUCACUUUGUCAUCAACCAGCUCCAAGACCGGCGCUACCUCGUCUCGGGGGACACGUGCAGCCACGGCUCGCUGGCCGAGCUUGUGCGCCAUUACCAGGAGGUGCAGCUUGAGCCUUUUGGGGAGACCCUGUCUGCUGCCUGCCCCCGGCCAGAGGCCAGCGAUCUGUACGACGCCAUCACCCCGGGCCUGGAAGCCCCACCUGCCCGGGCACCCACCCCGGGGGGCCCCGACGAGGCUGCCGGCCGCGGGCCCCGUCCACAGCCGCAGGUGUCCUUCCUGCACGCAAAGAAGAGCCUGGAUGCCAGUUCCGGCAGCUUCUCUGAGGACGAAUGGUUGGCGGUCCCUGUCGGGGUGCCUCCCCUCCCCGAGAGAAGUGCCUUCCUUCUGAGCCAGUCUUUUGGAAGCUCCAGCGACAUCCUCUACUCGGACCUGAGGAAGGUGACCCAGGCGCGGCCAGGCCUGGGCGUGGAGCUGUCCGGCAGACACGGCCCGGGCGCCGCUGGCAGCCGGGCUGGCUCCCCAGGCAAGGAGGCCCUGAGGAGACUCUCGGAUGGAGGCCAGAACAGGCCUGAUGGCCCAGGGCCUGCCUUCUCUGGGGUGAGCCCGGACCGGGGCCACCUCCUGGCCCCCGCCCCUGAGGCCCCAGGACCCUCCGCCGCCUCCUGGAGCCAGGCGUCUCCAAAGCUGAGCCCCGGGGCUCGGCCCAGCUCCCAGGGCGCGCCUGCAGACACGUAUGAGCUGCUGCAGACGGCGGGCGGCCCACCAGAGCCCGGGGACGCGCCACAGCACGAAGGCAGUGGCUGCGCACAGGCCCCCAUCUGCUGGGGCAGCUCAGCCAGUGCCCCGUCCCGCGAGCUGCCGCCACCCACAGACUGCGGCUACGAGAGCGCCUCGGGGCCCCCCGGGUCCAGGAACACCUACGAACAAAUCCCAGCGGCCAGGAGCAGGGAGACUGGGCGGACACGAAAGCCUGACAAGCUCCGGAGAAUCUUCUUCACAGACAAGAAGCACAGAUCCUGAGGAGAGCCGGGUGGCCUUCCUGGGGAGCCCCUGCCCACCCCGACUCCCCAGGACCCCCCACUCACCCCCAGGGGGGUGGAGGCCUGAGCUCACUGAGCGGCCAGCCCGUCCGCCCCUCACCCUAUGGCCCUCGCUGAGCCCUCGCCGAGCCCGCGGCCAGCCCUGUGCUGGGGCAGCUGUCCCGUGGGUGGAGCGACACCCCGAGCCCCGGCCAGU